AAUGAUGUGGGAAACAACCCAGGGUGAGGGCGGCAAAGAAGAAUGAUACUGAGAACUCCUCCACCAUCCAAGAGGCCACGCGCCGAUGUCGAUGCCGAUCACCAGCUCGUCAUCUACGAGGAUCCACCGGAGUCUCUGCCGGUGGUGUCGGAGCCUCAGGAACCCUCCGUCUCCGAGCACAUGCUCUGUACCUAUCAGUGCCGCCAAAUGGUCAAAUCAGAUUUCAUAGAUGCCCUAAACAAAGCUGAAAACCAAGUUCGUGAUUAUCACUCUAAAUUCGAGAUAUUGAAUGCCAAUUUCCUCCAAGUUGAGUCUGAGCGGAAGAAAUUUCUGGAUAAAUUCUUAUAUGCCGAGCAGGAACUCGCCGCUGCAAAAGGGCGCGAACAGGCACUCCAAGACCAACUUUUGAAGGAGGUCACUGAAUGUCAAGAACGAUUAAGAAAACAAAUACAAUUAAACAGUGAACUCGAGGUCAAGCUCAAAAAUGAGAUCAACCUUCGUAUAAAAUCCGACUCUCAUGCUGCAUCAGCAGAACAGAAAGCAACAUCUUUAGAAAGAAAGCUAGGCAAUCUCUCUGAGAGCAUAGAGAGGGAAAAAAGGAGACUUCAUGAUGAACAUUCACAACUGAAAAAGGAUUCCAAGUUAUCUAUUUCUAGAAUAACUGCGGAUCUUGAACAAAUGGAAUGCAAAGCAAAUAAUGCUGUCAGAGAAGCAGAGUUGCUAAAACACCAACUAGAACAUCUUAAGGACCAAUUCAAUGAGUGUUUGAACCAGAAGAUUGAAGUUGAAAAAAAACUAUCAACUUUAACAUCUCAAGAAGUUGCUCCUACAGGGAAUGAUACUUUAGUUAAACAAUUGCAACAGGAGCUUCAGCACUAUGAAUCUGAAGUAAGGGAAGCAAGAAAGCUAAGAUCAAGUCAUGAGAACCUUGAGCUUCUGAAGGAGAAAUUAUCGGAGGAAAAGGACCUCCGGGAAAGAGCAGAAUCAGAGCUAUCUAAAUUACAGGAUGUCCAGUCAAAUAUGAAAAUGUUAGAGGAUCAAAUGUCAUCGUGGAGAUCGAUGAUUAAAAAUAUACCUGGUGUCUCAUGUUUUGAGGACCUUUCUGAUAAAAUUGCAGCUUUACAGAAGGAGGUCAUCAGUAGCACACAGAAGGAGGGCGAUGGAACUGCUCACUUGAAACAACUGGAGGUGGCUCUGGAUGCUGCUGAGUUUAAAAAACAAAAUGCUGAAACUGAGGCUGCAUUGUCUAAAGAGAAAGCAGAAGUAUUAAAAUCAGAGAUUAAACAAAUUGAAUUAAUGCUAGCUGCCGUUACUGAGGAAAGAAAUAAAUUAAGAAAUGUUGCCAAUUCGAAGAGCAGUGAAGCUGGUGAUGAAUCAAAAUGUGCUAAUCCUGUUCAGGAACUUGAAUCAUCUCUUAGGAAGAAAGAUGAUUGUAUUAAAGAACUAGAAAGUACCUUACAUGAGCUGAGAGUGGUUAAUAAUCGUCAACAUGAGGAAAUAAAGUUACUUAAUGAAAAGUUGCACAGUGAAGCAAGAAGAAUAAAGUCAUUGGAGAGGGAGAGUAACAGUCUCCGUUCAGAGAUUUCACUGUUAGAGGCAAAGUUGGGUCAUGGUGAUUUUUCUGCUGCUAAUACAAAAGUUCUGCGGAUGGUGAAUACACUUACUGUUGACAAUGAAGCCAAACAAACUAUAGAAGCUCUGCAAACUGAACUGCAGAAAACGAAAGAGAAACUAAAAGCUGUUGAAGAAUUGAAGAGUCAGUCAGGAGAAGCUGGAAAGCUGGUAGAUAGCUAUAUAUCUGAUAAGAUAUUGCAAUUAAAAGAGCAAAUCGCAACCCUCGAGAAGAGAGAAGAGAGAUACAAGACCGUAUUUGCUGAUAGAAUUUCAGUCUUCCGGAGGGCGUGCUGCGAGCUUUUUGGUUACAAGAUUGUUAUGGAUGAACAUCAACAGCCAAAUGGAAUCCCAGUGACACGAUUUACCUUGCAGUCAAUUUAUGCACAAAGUGAUGAUGAGAAGCUUGAAUUUGAAUAUGAAUCAGGGAACACUAAAAUUUUGGUAAAUCAUUAUACAUCUCAGCCUGAGGUAUCUCGUCAGGUUGAGAUAUUCAUUCGGAAGAUGAAUUCAAUUCCUGCUUUCACUGCCAACAUAACGGUGGAGUCUUUCAAUAGAAGAACCUUGUCUUGAAUUCAACCUACUAGUGUAGGCUAUAAAGUGUGCUGAUGUUUCUUGUGGCAACUCUCAGUUAACUGUAUAUCAUGCAUCUUCAACAUUGGUUCCUGAUGGAUGGCUUGGAUUUGAAAAAUGUCAGUUUUACAGACUUAUACCGAGGUGUAUAUCGUUUUGUGAGGACUACAUUUUUCUUGGUGUUUCGUCCUUUGGCCGUCUUUAAUACUACACUUGGUUUUUCAAAUUAACUGCUUGUUAUGUAUGUUUAAUAUCAUUUUCUGAAGUUGUCAUUAUGCAGGGGUUUUCAAUUCCAGUUAGAAAACCUAUUUUAGUUUUGCAUCUCAA